AUGGACAACAAUGGCGCGAUUGGAAAAGGCAGAAAAAGGUGCCGAGAACAAGAAGCAGGUGAUACUGCUGCCAUUGACAGGUUAAGCUCUCUUCCAGACCCGAUUCUUUGUCACGUACUUUCGUUCCUGGACACCAAAUCGGUCGUUCAAACCUCCGUAUUGUCCCAGCGGUGGAGAUCCACUUGGAAACACAUCUCUGUCCUUAAUUUCACUCGGGAUUCAUUCAAACGAUUUUUGGUUUUCGCAAUCCACGUUCUGAAAUUCUUGUGUGGCCGGCAUCCCGGAAAUAUCCAGAAGCUUAGCUACGUCGACGAUGGAGCUUCCUGGAAACAGCAACAUUCCAUUGUGUUCGACAAAGUAUUGGCAUAUGCUUCCACUUGUGAUGUCCAACAUUUAUCCAUCGACUUUGGGGAAGCAAGCGAGUUCAAACAGCAUAAAAGAUGCUCCGAUUUGUUCUACGAGGUCUUGGGAUGCAAGCUCAAAACCCUAGAGUUGCGAUAUGUGACGCUGGACAGUGAGCUCGGAGCUGCUGGUUUUCGAAUGCUGACCACUUUGAUUGUGGAGUGUUGUUUCCUGUUUUCCGAGCAAGAGGAAGAGGAGAAAGUUCUCGAUCCUUUCUCUAAAUUUCCUUGUCUGAAGCAUUUGGUCCUCUAUGAUAGCAUCCCGUUACAGAAGUGUCUCGAUGCUGAGAAGAGAGGUCUCAAGAUUAAUGGACCCCAUUUGCUAAGCCUGAAACUGAGUUGUGUGGAGUUCCCCAGUGUUGAAGUUUAUGCGCCAAAGCUCGAACGAUUCGUUCUUUGGCACGACGUUCAGUACCUGACAUUGUCCAAUCUGACACUUCCGUCCCUUGAUCAUGCUGAUAUCUGGGUCUGCGACGAGCACGAUUUCGUCAAGGACAACAAGGAGUUAGUGCACCAACAGUUUAUGACUCUGUUCCAAGGCUUGCAUAAUGCAAAAUCUUUGAAGCUGUAUUGGGCGACUGUUGAGGUGUUGAAAGAUUUUUGCGGGGUCUUGGAAGAGCAGCCGUCUCCAUUUAAGAGGUUGAAGUCAUUGAUUUCGGAAGCUGAUAGAGUACCUUACAAACUCGUCAAUUACUUUCUUAAAGGAUCUUCUGGUGAAAGACCGACUCCUUCGGCGAUUCCGGCCCCAAGGCUCAUCGCAGUUUGGGCGCUCGCUGCAGCGGAGGUGAUUCUUCCAUUGCACGGAGACGAUAACUUCUCUCGCCAGGUUUCCCAGAAUCGAACUCCUCCGUAG